UAUCCAACUGCAGCCCACGGGAAGGAACCUUCCUCUCCUUUUUCCCUCCCUCCCUCCUCCAUUAAACCCUCCCUUCACAAUUCUCCACCUUCACCUCUCUCUCUCUCUCUCUCUCUCUCUCUCUCUCUGUGUCUCUCUCUAUCGUAUGGACAACUCCGACGGCUCCACCGCUCCAAUGGCGAGCGCCUCUGCCGCCGCCGCUCGCGCCGGCCGCUACGCCCUCAACGGCAAGAUAAUGCUCUGCACCGUCGUCGUCCUCUUCGUUGCCGUCUUCGCCAUCCUCGGCCUCCACAGCUAUGCCCGCUGUUUCAACCGCAGCCGCCGCCGCCGCCGCACCCGCCACCGCCGCCUCAACCGCAACUCCACUCCGCCGGGCACUGAACCAUCCUCCGGCGGUGGCGGCGGUGGCGGUGGUGGCCUCGACGUGUCCCUCCUCAAGUCCCUCCCCGUCUUCACUUAUGUGAGCUCCAGGAACGCCAAAGUUGGACAGUUCAUCGAGUGCGCCGUUUGCCUGUCGGACUUCGAGGACGGUGAGACGGGCCGUCGUUUGCCCAAGUGCGAGCACGUCUUCCACGCAGACUGCAUCGACACGUGGUUCGAGUCCCACUCAAGCUGCCCGCUCUGCAGAGCUCCGGUUCAGGCGGACUUUCAGGCAGCUACGGAGGGGGUUCCACCGGAGGACGUCGGCGGCGCUGCGUCGGCACAGGGGGUGGUUUUGUUGAUUGAGGUUUCCGAGAAUGAGACAAGUAUGAGUUCGUCUUUGUCUCUACCGCCGUCGCCGUCGUCCUCAUGUUGUGGUUCUUGUUCUUCUCCGCCACCGUCGAGGAAGGCAGCUGAGUUACAGGAAAUAACGGUGGAAGAGCCGCCGCCGGCGAUGGAGGAGAGAUAUAAGGAGUUGGAGAAAAUGGGUCUGCCCGAACGUGACCGGUCCAAGUCCCCGGGUUAUCGGAUCCUAUCCUUGAAAAGGAUCUGGAGCAUCUAGUCGGGCAAAAGUGUUUUUUUUUUUUUUGUUUAAAAAAAAAUUGCGCCCUUUCCUGUUUUUUUAAAAUAUUUUCCUUUUUGUUCUUAUUCUUUUUAUUUCUGUUUUUAGGAGAUGAUGUUUAUAGAAAAGGCCUGUGGCUAUUAUAA